UUACAAAUUAUUCAGCGAGGAUAGAAAAGAAAACCCUCUUCUCUUAAACCUCUCACUUCCGGCGAUAGCAAAAGAGAUUCUCUGUGAGAGGCAGCAGAAUAAGCUGCUACUCCGUGAACUUCCCUUAUCCAAUUUUUGUUCUUCUUUCAGUAAUUGCAGCGAAGAAUGGCGAAGAGGAAGGAGCGGAUUCAGAACCCGGAACCGUUUGAUCCGUAUGGUGCCGACCAUGCAAAGACGAAGAAGCGUUCGAAAGCGCCGAAGCAGUACCAGCAGGAAGAGAAACUCAUCGCUUCCAAAAUCAGCUCGAAGAUCAUGAAGGAGGCUCUGCUGCAGCAAAAGGAGGAAGAUGAGGGGGCGAAUGACAACACUGCCACUUUCUUCGAAGAGAUUCCCAAGGCGGAGGAAGCAGACGGAGACGAUAUCGAUGAAUUUGUCGGCUUUUCUGAAACGCAGAGCCAAUUCGCUGGAUAUGAAGAGGAAAUUAAUGAGGAGGAUGAGAAACUAAUGGAAGCAUUUUUAUCAAAAGAUGCUGGUCAGCAGAAAACACUGGCAGACCUCAUUGUCCAAAGAAUAAAAGAAAAGGAUUCUUCUGUUGCUUCAGAAAUACGACCUGUCCCAAAAUUGGAUAAAUCCAUAAUUGACAUAUACAAGGGGGUUGGGACCCAUCUCAGCAAAUAUACAAUAGGCAAAAUACCCAAGGCAUUUAAACACAUCCCCUCUAUGCAACUUUGGGAGGAGGUCCUGUAUAUAACUGAACCUGAGAAUUGGUCUCCAAAUGCUCUUUACCAAGCCACCAGGAUUUUUGCUUCUAAUUUUGGUGCAAAAAAGGCAGAACGCUUCUACAAGCUUGUGUUGCUUCCAAGAGUGAGAGAAGAUAUACGGAAGAAUAAACGGUUGCAUUUUGCCUUAUACCAAACUCUGAAAAAGGCAUUGUACAAACCUGCUGCAUUCUUUAAGGGAAUACUGUUUCCCCUAUGUGAGUCACGCACAUGCACUCUCAGGGAAGCAGUUAUUGUUGGAAGCAUUAUAGAAAAGGUUUCUAUUCCUCCACUUCAUUCAAGUGUUGCUCUAUUGAAGCUUUCUGGAAUGGAGUAUUGCGGCACCACAAGCUAUUUCAUAAAGCUUCUUCUGGAGAAAAAAUAUGCUUUGCCAUAUCGUGUUGUUGAUGCAGUUGUUGCUCAUUUUAUGAGAUUUUUGAAUGAAACCAGGAUAAUGCCUGUCAUAUGGCACCAGUCACUUCUUGCUUUUGUGCAGAGGUAUAAGAAUGAGUUGCAAAAGGAAGAUAAGGAUGGAUUAAGGGAUCUACUGGAAAAGCAGAAGCAUAAAUUGGUUACACCAGAAAUCCAUAGAGAGCUAGAACACAGCCGCAACCGAGGUGAAAAGGAGGAAGACCUUAUGUCAAUUUCCAGUCCAGUAUUUGUGAUAAACAAGACUAUUGAAGAGGAUAGAUUUGACAUUCCAGAUGUACCAAUGGAGGAGGAUUAAUUUAUUGUGGUGGCCAUCACUUCAAUAUGUGCUGUGCUUGGCUUUGAUGCGCUAUCGUUUGUGUUUUGUAGCUUGUGGUAUUGCAUGUCUUUCGAUCUUGAUGUGCUAGCUUUUAUAUAUUGCAGGGUUUUUCAUAGCGCUUCACUUGAGUGAGAAUUUUCAAUAGACAUGCCCUCAUUAAGCUUCCCGAGGGUGCAGUUUUGGUGUCAGCAAUCUUGUACUCUAAUGCAUGAGAUUUAUUGUAUUUGUUUUGGUGCCAUUUUUGUUUACUUUGUGACUUUUCGACAUGCAAUCUCAUUUAUUCUUUUUUCUGAUGUAAUCUUAUCGAAAAUACAAUUAAACUUGCUAGAAUGUUUUCUGGUGUUU